AGCUUCCACCCAUGAACUAAUUGAGGCAGAUGCUUGUUCAACAAACGAGAGUGCAGUGCCUGAGAACAGUUAAUUGUUAUAAAACUAUACAAAGAUCCUGUUCUCUGUUCACUACUCGCCUGUCAUCUGCUGUCCUAAGUCACAAGAGGCUGUUCUCUAAAGUUAGCCCCACUAAAGUGACCACCAGUUUUUUGGUUCUGUGCUGUAGGCCUGCUGCUAACUGUAGACUUUUUGCAGGUUUGUUUGUAUUUUACUCAAGAAAUCAUAUCAGAAAAUAGAAAUUAAUAACUAUACAGAUAAGUGUUACUUAACAAGUGCCUAUUUUUAAUAAAGGUUUGUAGAUCUUCCUUCUGGCCUUACUUUUGACAUCUCAUCAUCAAAAGUUGACAUAUAAACUUGUGAGACCAUUCUUAAGUUACUAUUCUCCUGUUCUGAUGUCACUUUCAUCGGUGGUUUUAUUUUUGUAUAUAAACUUGUGAAGACUUUUCUCAUGUCCCUAUCCUCUGGGCCUUUCUUUUUGGAUGUAAACUUGUGAAGACUGUCCUUGAGUCACUAUGGGAUGUGAAGACUGUUUUCAUGUCACUAUUGUCACAAAAUAAACCAGCUGUUCAUAGAAUGAGCUAAUAGACUGGCUAUCUAUCCAUACACUUUUUUUUGUAAUUUAAAAAAGUCUUAUAUUUUCUUUACCACCUUCAUUGGUUUACAAUCAGCAAAUUAUAUAUACAAUAGCUCUAACUCUUUUUAAAUAGGAAAAUAAUCUAAACAAGAUAUCUGGACUGGUAAUAUGUUCACUGUUGUUGUGUUUCCCACUUUUUUACGCAGAUAUGUUAAGAUUAGAGUAGUUCAAGAGGUAUGCAGUGUGGUCACCUUCACCUUGACUUGUUGAGAUUCACGCAGAGUAACACAGACGUUUAAGGCUAAAUGGGAUUUAUUCGCAUAAAAUAGAGUGUGUGUAUUUAACAAAUACAAUUACAAAUUAAUGUGCUCACUCUUGUUUGAAAAUAACAUUUACAAAAACCCUUUUUUGCAACUAUUUACUGUUGCGUUGUUUGAAACAAUUCUUUUUCCCCCUGCAGAUUGGCACUAUGCCUGGGACUCGUAUUUUAAGUUUAUGUUAUGAAGAUUCUAAGAUGACACUUAAUCGGGUGUACAAGAUUGGUCAUGGCUACAUUAAGUGCACUCAAAUAGUCUUAUCUCUGCCAGCCAUAGACACAUAUCCUAUGAGAUCAAAUUAAUUUUCUAUCCCUUGUAUCACAUUCCUGAAAAAACUACCUGGCCCUCUAUUUUGACUUUGGUGUAUGAUAAGUGAAGACUUUAUUUAAUCUUUAUUCAACACAGGCUCCGUGGUGAAUAGACUAGAACCUCUAUCACUUGGGAUACCCAUUGCCAGUUAUACCACAGCAGCUCACUUAGAGGACCCAGCCACCAUGCCUAUCAGCAAGAAGAAAUUUGAGCGCCUACCUAAGACAGUGAUUCCAUCAAACUAUCAACUGACCCUUAAACCAGAUUUGAAGAAGUUCACUUUCGAGGGUUCUCUUGUUGUCACAGUUGAGGUAUGGUUUCAUGUGCUUUAGCAAACAUUUUUUAGUGCUUGUGUUUUAAUAUUUAAUUAAGAGUCUAUUUUGUAAAUUUUUUACUUGCAAUGGUACCAGACUAAAAUAUCAUGGCCAGAAAACAUGGGUGCACAACUUUGACAAAACACUAUUUUGUAGUGAAAAAAAAGUUUAUCCAUUUUUUCAUCUGAAGGUCAAUGCACCUGUGACCAAAGUGAAGCUACAUGCCUGUGAAAUAGCUAUUCAGGAGGCUCAAUACAAAGGUACUGUUUUGUUUGUGUAUAGGAAUAAUUUCAACCACUGUAUAUUUGUGCUUGUGGUCUGUUUAGAAAUCAAAGAAUUAAAAAAACAAUAUUUAAAAACAAAGCAUUUAUGUUUGCCACUUGUAGGCCAUAGCAUUUUUCAAUAUGUGUUAACAUUACCAUUUAACCAUUAAAAGACUAUCGCUGUCCAAAGUGAUCAGAAUAAAUAAUGAGUAUACACAUUACUUUUUGGAAGGCUAUUCGAGUUUUAGAAACUCCCAUAGAAACAAAUCAUUGACAUGCUGGUUCUCAAAUUAUGUUUAUUAACCCUAAGGCUCCCUGAGACCCCUGUAAAGGGACAUGAUUUGUGUUUUCAUUCUGUUGUGACUAAUGCAAGUCCCCCUUUUAAAGCCUGAUAUCUGUUGCUGACUGGAUGAAAAUAAUAAAAAAUAGUAUCAAUAAUUUUUUUCUUUCAGUAAAUAUUUUUGCUUUCCGAGUUUAUCUCUGCUUUCAGUAUGAUAAACUCCAUUGAAAGAAAAAAGAAAUGAGUAGUGCAAAGAGAAUGUAAUGUAUAACUGCAUAGCUUGAAGUCUGAAAAGAAAAACUUGACUUUGAGAUCAAUUAAAAACUCUUUAGGGUCUAAACAUUUUGACAUCUUUUAGUUAAUAAGAUAAAAAUUAUUUACGCAGCAAAUGAUGAUUAAUUAAAGGAAAUGGAUGUGAAAUAUCUGCCUCAAAUUUUGAUUUGGUAAUUGUUGCUCACCUGAAAAAAUGUGUUAUUACAAACAAAGGCUUAAAGGAUCCUACUUCCACAAUAAUCUCUCAAGCAUUUAAUUCAUUAGUGGUUUUUUUCUUAUUAUUCUUCAGAUUCAUCAUCUGAGACAACCUUGACUGCUGAGGUGGAGUAUUACAAAGAAGAUGAAGAAGUUGGUCUGUUGUUUCCAUCUGAACUGAGUGUAAGGAGCAAGAUUGAUUUUUUAAAAUACUAUUUUCAUGGGGCAAAGCAAAGUCAAACCAGAAAAAAAAUGUUUUUUUGAAAGGUCUGUAGAGUACGGUACAGUAAUAAAUUUUUUGAAGAGCUGGAUGAUAUUCCUGGUUAACAUUGAUAAUGAUUUAAUUCAUCUUCCCUUUUGGUUUUAGCUGUUUGAAUUAAGGUUAAAUGUUUUUCUUUCUGUUGCAACACCCAUCAUUUUUUUUUUUUUUGUAUUGGCGACACCUGAAUUUUAAUUCAUGUCAAGUUUGCUCCUGUCCAACUUUGAUUUUUUAAAAUGUGUAAAUCAGCAUUUAUAUUAGGUAAUAAGGUUUACAAAAAACUAAAUAAUAAACAUAAAUUAAGGUUAAAUUUUUUUUUUUUUGUUGCAACGCCCAUCAUUUUUUUUUUUUUUUGUAUUGGCGACACCUGAAUUUUAAUUCAUGUCAAGUUUGCUCCUGUCCAACUUUGAUUUUUUAAAAUGUGUAAAUCAGCAUUUAUAUUAGGAAAUAAGGUUUACAAAAAACUAAAUAAUAAACAUAGAAAUCAUAAAACUAAUGUCAGUAAAUUACAGCAUAGUCCGAGUUAGCAAAAGAGAAAAUAUAUGAGAUAAAAUCAGAACAUAGAAUAUUCUAGCUUGGAUUCUAAUGCAACACAUUUAAUAUGACAAAUUUCAUACCAGAUGAAAAAUUAUUUGUUUAUUAUGUAUUUUGUUUAGUGCGCAUUUUCUCCCCAAAACUAUGAAUUCUUCAUGUUUAUCCUGCUCAACAGCCUGGCAAAGGGGCACUUUCACUGAAGUUCACCGGAGAACUGAAUGACAAAAUGAAAGGUUUCUAUCGCAGCAAGUACACGAUUGGCGGAGAAGAGCUCUAUGCUGCAGUUACCCAGUUUGAGGUACUACAUUUUUUAAAAAUUUUAAAGCAGUGCUUUAUCACCUGUCAAUAUAUUUGUUGAGGUUUAUAGUUUAAACCCCAACCUGGAUAAAUGUAAGCCUGAUUUUUAUUAUAACCAUUUUACAUUUGUAGUAUUUGUGAAUAUUUCAUAAAUUUUAGUUGCUGCUUCAAUGCAUUUCAAAAAUAGGCUUUACUGCUUACUUUCUACGUUUUAUAUGGGGAGGACUCCAUUACAAUGACCUUUGAACUCCCUCAUAUUUUUUUUAUAUGCUUUUGAAAGAUUUAAUCAUUACAUUUCCUUUUAAUCUGUACCACAAGUUGUGUGAUUUCUUUGUGAAACUUUCUCGCAGGCAGUUGCAUAUGAUUUCUUGUUUACUAUGCUUUCCUGUGUACUUUGAGUUGACUUCCUAACUCCAUCAGCUGAGCUUAUCUUUAUUUCCAUCUUUGUCUGCUGUCAUAGACGUUCUAGUGGAAAUGUUUGUGAUCCCUCAGUUGUCCCCUACUACACUGUAUGUUAUAUUUUGUUUUGCUUACCUACUAAGCUCUUUGGGCAUGAGAAUUUAUUGAUAAGCAUACCAUUUGUUAUUUUUACCUUAGCUCCUGAUGCUCAAAGCAUUCAUCUCACUCUAAGAUGCAGCAUCUUAAUUGUUAAAAUUUUAUAAAUCUGUCUUCCUCAGGCAACAGAUGCUCGUAGAGCAUUCCCUUGCUGGGAUGAGCCUGCCAUGAAAGCUACAUUUGACAUAACUCUUGUUGUGCCAGAAGGCAAAGUAGCUCUGUCUAAUAUGGUAGGUUUUAGAUAAUAAAUACAUAAUUUCUGUUAAUGGCCUGUUUGUUCACAUAUUAAGAGAAAGAAUUAAGUGCAGCUUCAUUUGAUGUCAGAGACAAUUUGUUUGAAUCAAUCAUUACUUGUCUAUGAUUUUUUUUAUUGUAAACGAUUUUUUUUUAAAGGAAUAGUGCCCUUUAAAUUUAUUUUAAAGAGGAAAAAAACGCUUCCUUUUAAAACAGAGGUGUUUGACUAUUUCUAAAAUAUAAAAAUGUUAAGUUUCCUGAACCCCAAAAAAAGUUAAUGGGCUCUUUUGAAAAUAUUUAAUUGCAACAUUUUUAAGAAUUUCAUCUUGUUCAUAAAAAUAUUUUUUUAGGAAACUUUGAUUGAGAAAACUUUAAAAUAAGAAUAUGAGGGCAACCAAAUACUCCACUCUUAUCAGAUUUACUAAACAUAUUUAGCAAAUAAAUAUAUUUUUUACUUGACUGAAGAAAUUUUCGUUUUUUUUUUACUAAAGUACCCAAAAUAAAUUUUAAAAAAUACUCAAUUACUUGCUGAAGUGCUUUGACUUUAAUGUUUAAUUCCAAAGCUCUCAGCAGUUCAUUCAUAUUAUUAUAAUAUCAUUUAAUGUGGUUACAGUAAAAUAAUUGAUUUAAAUUUUGUUCCAUUUUCAGCCUGUCAUCUCAGAAAAACCAUUGGGUAGUGGCAGUGUUGAGUUCACAUACUCCACAACCCCCAUCAUGUCCACCUACCUGGUGGCUUUUGUGGUGGGAGACUAUGACUACCUGGAGGCGGUGGAUGAGGACAAUGUUUUGGUCCGUGUUUACACCCCUAAAGGAAAACAAGAGCAGGGCCGCUUCGCUCUGGAUGUGAGUUGUUUCAUACGUAGGAGAUCAUUCCCUCUAAAUGAAUUGUUAACAAUUUAAUUUUCAAGUUUCAGUGUUAAAUUCUUUUCAUCAUUGCUCUUAAUGGAUAAUACAGUUUCUAGUACUGUCAUGGAAUGAUUCAUUCUUUUAUGUUACAUUGCCAUCUUAAGGUUGCAGUCAAGACUCUGCCAUUCUACAAGAAAUACUUUGGCAUUGCUUACCCACUGCCUAAGGUGGACCUCAUUGCCAUAGCUGAUUUCUCAGCAGGUGAGCUGCUGGUUCUUUGUUAACAUACUCGGUUACAUUAACCUCAGUUAACUAAUUAUAAAAAGUGUUGGACUGCGAUAAAGCUUUAAAAUAGAUUAAUAAGACACGAACAAAUUGUGUCAAUAGAACAAUAUGAGUUAGCUUUAAUAAUAAUUAUACAUUAUACACAAUUACACGUUUCGGCACAUGCCUUCAUCAGUACAAACAAACAAAACACAUUUAAAUAAGUAUAAAUUAAAUUUACAUAAUAUCAAUAUACAUAUCCUACCUAAAACAGAAAAAAUAUAGGAGAGGGGGCUAAAACCAGACAAAAACAAAGUCAAGAGAAGUAGAAAGGAAGUGAUUUUAACAUAAUUGCAAAAAGUGCGGUAAAUUAUACAUAGGAGAGACAGGUCGUCGCCUUGGGGACCAUUUCAGAGAGCACCUCUAUAACAUAAAUAAACACGCUCUCUGUCCGGUCUCCAAAUAUUUCAAUAGCCCUAACCAUAAUGGUAUCUCAGAUAUUGUAGUUACUGGCAUACUCUAUACUAGUAACACUGCAGAUAGAAUCUAUAUGGAGAACAAAUUAAUAACUAGAUUUGGUACGUUGUCUCCAUAUGGAAUGAACCAAAUCCAUAGUUUUACUUAGCUGCCAUGUCUUUUUCCUGUUUGGUUUUUACAAUUAUGUUAAAAUCACUUCCUUUCUACUUCUCUUGACUUUGUUUUUGUCUGGUUUUAGCGCCCUCUCCUAUAUUUUUUCUGUUUUAGGUAGCAUAUGUAUAUUGAUAUUAUUUAAAUUUAAUUUAUACUUAUUUAAAUGUGUUUUGUUUGUUUGUACUGAUGAAGGCAUGUGCCGAAACGUUUAAUUGUGUAUAAUGUAUAAUUAUUAUUAAAGCUAACCCAUAUUGUUCUAUUGACACAAUUUGUUCAUGUCUUAUUAAUCUACAUUAACCUCAGUGGGAAGUCAUAAUUAUUUUAUUGAAUUAGUCAAGGCAACGUGUUUUUGUCUUAGACAAAAUUAAUUUUUUUAGUGAAAUAAGACAAUAUUUUAACAAAAAUUAGGAUAUUUAUUUGCACUCAACUUUGAGAAUUAGUUUAUUGAACAAAAAAAAUAAAAAUUUUAUCCCAAAUAAAUAUGGUCCAAUAUAUUGUGGGCAGGUGCAAUGGAGAACUGGGGCCUGAUCACCUACAGAGAAACAGCCCUGUUGGUCGACCCCGAGAACUCCUCUGCCAGAAUCAAGCAGUGGGUGGCCCUUGUUGUGGGCCAUGAACUGGCCCACCAGUGGUUUGGAAACUUGGUUACAAUGGUAAGGGUUAAAGAUUGGAUCAUCCGUGACCUGCAAAUAAAUGCCCAACUGCAGACUUGUAAGUUAUUUAAAAUAUGAAUCCUUGUCUUUAACCUUGUUUUCAUCUAAUUCAACGAACACAGGAAUGGUGGACACACUUGUGGCUCAAUGAAGGCUUUGCUUCCUGGAUCGAGUACCUGUGUGUUGACUACUGUUUCCCCGAGUAUGAUGUGUGGACACAGUUUGUCAAUAAUGACUUAGGGCAGGCACUUGAAAUGGACGCUCUGGAUAACAGCCACCCCAUUGAGGUAAAUCUGAGUUUAUUUUCGAUUCAAAUAACACGAUAGAGCAAAAAUUGCCCAACAUGCUGUUAAUUUUAAAUGGCAUUAAAUAAUAUUUGCUUUUAAAGAGUUCAGUUUUAUAAUAAAACUAGAUUUUGCCUAAUAAAUAAUUGAAUAAAAGUUAUAAAUUAUAAAGCAUGCUGUUGAUUAUUCCUGUUUCUAUCCACUGAUAGGUUGAAGUAGGCCAUCCUUCAGAGGUGGAUGAAAUCUUUGAUGCCAUCUCUUACAGCAAAGGUUCAUCUGUCAUUAGGAUGUUACAUGAAUACCUGGGAGAUGAGGUGUGAAGAGUUCAUUUUUAAGGAAGUAGUUUGGGUGUCACUUUAGAAAGAUAAUUUUAUUUUUGGAAAUUGACUAAUAAAAAAAAUAUAUGUUACAUCAUAUAAUUUUAUUACAAUACAAUAAAUUAAUACAAAGUUUCAAUGAAAUAAGUCACAUAUGCCAUCUGAUCUAAUUUGUAAAAGGACAUUUUUAUAAUUUAAAAAAAAUAUAUUUCAAGUGGACUUGGGAGUUCCAUCAACUGUUAGCCACAAUGUAAAGUCCCUUGUGCUGAAAAUUUUAUGUGGUAAAAACUCAUCAAUUCAUCCAUGAUGAGGAGAUUAUCUAAAGAUUAAUCAUAUUUUUUUUUCAAUUUAAUUCUUUAAACUUUACUUCUUAAACAAUUUUUAAAAAAUUAUUUUUAUUUUAUUAUUUUUUUUACAUUUGUAUAAUUAAUUGAAAAUGAAAUAUCAGAAUCUCCCACCUUCAGGGUCAUCACAGGUUCUCACAAGGUCUAGACUUUAAAUUGAUAUCUAAAGUUAUAUAAUGCCAUUGCUAGUACACUUUGCUACACCAUGCCAUUACCAGUACACCUUUGUAGAAAAGCACACCUUCGUACACUAUGUUAUUACCAGUAUGCCUUGGUGCACUAUGCAUUACAGUACACAUUUUAACACCAUGCCAUUAUCAUUACACCUUAUGUUUGGUAGAAUCUGGGGCUUGUGACUAGUUUCACAGCAUUACCAGUGCACCUUGUUGUUGGUUGAAAGUAGGUGGAUUCAGUGAUCUUUCAGCAUCUUAAGAUUGGGAAGUUCAGAAAUAACCGUUUUCCCCUAAAAUCACCACUUUCAUAUAUGAUGAACUAUAAAAAAUUGAUUCCAUCUAAAUACGGUGACCUUUGGCAAGUUGAAUAUACUUUACUGGUAUUAUUUGUUUAUUUUUUUCAACUAGGAUUUCCGCAAAGGUAUGAAUGUGUACUUGACAAGACACCAGUACAAAAAUACUUUCACUGAACAUCUUUGGAAUGCCCUGGAAGAAGCCAGUGGCAAGCCUGUUGGUGAGAUCAUGAAAACCUGGACAAAACAGAUGGGCUUUCCUGUACUAAAGGUGAUCUUGUGGGAAAACUUCUACUUAUUAAAUUUUAAAACUCCUUGUGUUAUGUCUUUGAUAACCCACUAUGGUAAAUAAAAUCAGUAUGUGAUAAAAAAAAAUGUAAAAAACAAUAAAUAUAGAUUUAUAAUGUAGUCAUUUCUGUCACUUAUAUAGGUUAGCAUUUUCCUCUUUAUUAUAUAUUAAUUUAUAAUUUGUCCUUCCAAAAGUUCAUUGCCUUGUUCUGUCUUCGGUAAAGCUUCACUCUUCUGCGUUACUUUAUUUCUUUUAAAUAUUAAAUAAUGCUGGCCUUUUGCGUCUUACAUGUAAUAAAGAAGAAAAAAAUCCAGGCGCAAAAUGCCUUACAGAUUUAUGUGUAUAAAUUCUUUCAUUUAUCUCUUAACUAAAGACCCGACUAAAUGUUUGAGAGAAUAACCCUUCAAUAAGUUAGCUAAAGACCUAACUAAAUGUUUGAGAGAAUAACCCUUCAAUAAGUUAGCUAAAGACCUAACUAAAUGUUUGAGAGAAUAACCCUUCAAUAAGUUAACUAAAGACCUAACUAAAUGUUUGAGAGAAUAACCCUUCAAUAAGUUAACUAAAGACCUAACUAAAUGUUUGAGAGAAUAACCCUUCAAUAAGUUAACUGAAGACCUAACUAAAUGUUUGAGAGAAUAACCCUUCAAUAAGUUAACUGAAGACCUAACUAAAUGUUUGAGAGAAUAACCCUUCAAUAAGUUAGCUAAAGACCUAACUAAAUGUUUGAGAGAAUAACCCUUCAAUAAGUUAACUGAAGACCUAACUAAAUGUUUGAGAGAAUAACCCUUCAAUAAGUUAACUGAAGACCUAACUAAAUGUUUGAGAGAAUAACCCUUCAAUAAGUUAGCUAAAGACCUAACUAAAUGUUUGAGAGAAUAACCCAUCACUAAGUUAUUAAAGAAUUUCCUUUGUCAUCCUUUGUUGACUAAAGGACGUUAAUUUUUAAAUAUGCAAUAAUAAUAAUCUGGAAAAUGUAAUUUGAAGUUGACCGAUGCGAGAAGAUGAAAGUGCAACCUUUUCAAUAACUUAACAAUGAAAUUUUCAGGUGAGCCAAGUACAAGAUGGAAAAGACAGGAAACUCACAAUCAGCCAGUCCAAGUUCACCGCUGAUGGUUCAACUCCACCCGACCAUUUCAAGUGGAUGGUUCCAGUGUUGGCAUCCACACAGUCUGCCCCUGACAAGCCGGACGUCCUGGGGCUGUUGGAGACUGAAACCAAGGAGUUUGUUGUGCCCAAUGCAGCCGAGGGUGACUGGGUUAAGGUCAGACUUAACUUUCCAUUGAUAAUAACUGUGAUUCUAAUUUUGUAAUUGAAUUAAGAUUUAAAAAAGAAAAUCUCUCCACUGUGGCUACACACAGUGCCAGAUAAACUGAAGACUUUCUUUACAUAAGCUUUGGCUGCUGCUCAGUUGUGUUAUAUCUUGGCGGUGUUUGCAAUUGAUAUCCUGGAAAUUGAUACCUUGACAAAUUAAAAUAAUUAUAUUCUUUUACAGUUGAAUGCUGGGACUGUAGGUGUGUACAGAGUUAUGUACCCUACGGAGAUGUUGGAUGCCCUGAUUCCUGCUGUCAAAAAUCUGUCUCUACCACCAAAAGACAGGCUUGGUCUGCAGUCAGAUCUCUUUGCAUUGGUUAGUAUUAAUACAUUUUUCAUGAAUCCCUCCCUCCAGUAAAUCAGCAAUUAUUUAUAUUUUUAAUUUUAUGUGUAAGAACAGAUGGGUAAGGUUCCUCUUGUCAUUGAUAGCCCUCAUAGAUUUCAGUCUAAAAAUUGUUGUAAAUAAUGUUUGUAUAUACUUAUACUAGAAAUAUGUAAUCUCUUGAGAUAUCAAUUUUGCUUUUUUACCACUUGUAUUUUGAGAGGAAUGCCACCUGACAAACCAGCUGUUUUCAACUGUCCUAUUGUAUUUGAGUGUAAACAAUGUUGACAACUUCCUACAACUUGAAUUAUAAUUUUUGUAAUGGUCUGAAUGUCAAUACCAUUGUUUUAAAUUUAACAGUCCCGUGCUGGUAUGAGUUCUGCUGUCGAUGCUCUGAAAGUUGCCCAAGCUUUUGAAAAUGAGAAAGACUACACAGUUUGGUCCAACCUUUCAUCCAACAUAUCUACCAUCAGCACCAUCCUGCAGGUAACUUUUAGCAGAAUCAUGUGUAUGGGACAUUACAUUUAUCAAACAAGUUUUGUUCUCUGGUACUUUAAUACUUUUUAUUUUUUCAAUGGUUGCAUGUUCUGGUGUAGAGAUUACUUGUGUACCUGUUGCUAUAUGCUUGGUAUUUGUGAUGUAUUAGGGUUUAAAUAGUCUAUUAGAGUUUACAUGUACAAAGUUUGAUAAAAACCAUUCCCAUAUCAAAAAUUAGUUGCUACAAUCACAUAAAUAACAAAUCAUGUACAAUUACAUAAAUGCAAACAAAAAUGCUUAUAAAGGAUUUAUACGAAAAAACAUUGUUUUUACAGAUUGUUUAAUAUUAGAUGGAGUUGCAUUUUUUUUUUUGCUACUAGGACAGUACUUGGAAGUCUAUGUAUUGUGAGCCAGCCUGAAUAAAUAAAAAUGUACUACUAUUUCUUUUAAGAGACAGAUUGCAGUAAUUCAUUAUAUUUAUUACAAUGGUUGCGUGUUUUCCCUUUUACUUCUAUUUCAUGCUGAGUUUGAACUUGCAUUUUGCUAUAGUUAAUUGUAUAUUUGCAUCCCCUGUUACUUCUCCCUACCAGUAUGCUGAUGACAUAUAUCCAGCUUACAAACAGUUUGUCAAGAGACUGUUCAGUAAGAUUGCGGCCACCGUUGGGUGGGAUGCUAAACCUGGAGAAGGUAAGUGGGUCAAGAGAUUGUUCAGUGAGAUUGUGGCCACUGUCGGGUGGGAUGUGUUAAACCUGGAGAAGGCAAGUGGGUCAAGAGAUUGUUAAGUAAGAUUGGAUCCACAGUUGGGUGAAAUUAUAAUAAAAUGUUUUUGUAAAGGCCUAAUUUAAUUUGCUUCAUAAGUCAUCAUAUUUUCUGUAACAUUAAUUACAAAUAUUAAUUAAUUAUGAUGAUUAAAUUACAAAAUUUUUAAAGAAUAAGCAAUAUUCUAUUAUUUUCUCUUGAUAAUAUUUUAACGUGACAAUCGCUACUAUUUAAAUUUUUAAAAAAAUUAUUAUUAUACUGUAAGGAUGUUAGAGAGAUUAUCUUUUCAUGGAAGCAUUAUGGUUAUAAUAAUUGUAAAUAUUCACAAUGAAACAUUUAUUUUCAAAUGUUAUUUUGAAUUUUUUGGUGAACCUACUUAGUUUAUAUUAUAAAAAACCAGUUUUUUUAUCGUCUCAAGUAUUAUGAAUUAAUUUUAAUGCUCAAAGAAGUCUAUUAGAUUUAUAUUGACAUGAUUCUGAAUGCUUAUUUUAAUUUGCAAAAUAAAUUUGCUUAUUGUUCAUUUUGCAAAAUAAAUAGCUAUCAACUGUUCUUCCAGACACCCUUAUUCCAAUGUUGAGAGAAGUCGUGCUAACUAGAAUGGGCAGGUGUGGGGAUGAGGCAACUAUAGCAGAGGCCAAAAAGAGGUUUGAGGCCCACUGUAAUGGUACAGCUAAACUGCCUGCAGAUCUCCGUGCAUGUGUGAGCAGAAAUCGUUUCUUUGCUUAAAAAUUAUUUUUAAAAAAUAAAAUGAAAGAAUAAUGUAUCUAGUUCACAUGUUGCCAUGUGAUAUUUUAAUGCUUGUAAAAUUUAAUAUAAUGUCAAACUUUUAUUGGUAACAUUACUCCUGUUGCUGGCUUUUUUGUUUUUGAAAUAUUCCAGAACUCUGAUCUUCUGUAACUUGUGUAUUAUUAUUUCAGGUUUACACCACUGUUCUGUACAAUGGGGACAGUGAAACGUAUGACAAGAUGCUCAAGGUUUACUUUUUUUUUCUCUUAAUUUUUGCUUACAUCCUAAAUCCUUACUUAUUAAAAUCAAAACAGAAAUAUAUUUUUUUUUACAUGUACCUUGAAACUUUGAUCUAUAAUUUAUGACGCAAGGCAGCUCAGAGGGGUUAAGUCCCAUAUCUUGGUGUGAAGUUACUCUACAACAGGCCUGCACAACUCAGAAUGUAAUACUUUAUGAAAAACUUGUGCGGGCCGAAAGAAAAUAGGACAGGGGGGAAAGCUGUUAAGAAAAAUUAAUAAGAAUAAAGACUAUAAUGUUACUUCGCGAGCUGCAAAGUGGGUGCUGGCGGGCCGCAUGCGGCCCACGGUCCGUAUGUUUUGCAGGCCUACUCUACAAGAUUGCAAUUUUUGCACCCUUAAAUAACCAAAGUGCUCUCACUUUUAAAACUGUCUGUCACAUUAGCUCUAUGAUGCCGCAGAGAUGCAGGAGGAAAAAGUUCGUAUCAGCAGAGCCAUGGGAUCUGUACAGUCCAAAGAUCUAAUUCAAGCUGUUUUGGACUUUUCUUUAUCAGUAAGUAACAAUCAUCCAAAGUCUUUGGAUUUAGAUGACAGUGUUAAAAAAAUGCAUCACACUGUUAUUUUUAUUCCUCCUUCCACUCAUCAAAAGUAAAGAAAUUUUAUAAUGCUAUGCAGAUUUAAUAACAACCAUUGAAUACGUUCAGAUAGAGCCCGUUUUAUCACAAACAUUUCCCCCCCCAAUACUUUUGGCUCUAACGGUCUUUACACUAACUUCUCCAGCUAUUCGGUUAAGUGUUAUAAAUUGGCGUUGGUGGGUUAGUUAUAAUAAUGGGUAUAAGAAAGUACAACCCCCUCAGAAGCAGACACCCAUUUAAUUAUCUGCCAGUGUUAUCAUAUGGUACCAAAAAUAUUUAGGAUGAGAUUUUUUUUUUUUUUUUUACUUCCGGGGUGCCGCUCUGCAGGUGACUCGAUUUUAUCUGUACAUUUUUUUCAGCUUUUGUAAUAGUUUAAAGGUUUUUACAAUGUUUUCUUGUGGAAUCAAGGUGUGUUGAAUGUGUUUUAUCUCCUUUGACGGAUUAUCAAACCAACUAUUUAAAGACAAAUCGAAUAAGGCUUUCCCGUCAUCUUGGAGAAGAAAACCUUGUUUUAAUCUCCGUUGACUGAUUAUCUUGUGUUUUUUGCCGAGAUGAACAGUGAUUACAUGGAUUUUUUGGACGUCCUUGCCAUACACCAAGACACAUCAAUAGCCGCCAUAUUGGAAACUAUUGAGACGCCAUCUUGUAAACAAAUGUAAACAAAUGGCAAGUUCAAACCAACUAUUUAGACAAAUCGAAUACAAACAAAAGGCUUUCCCGUAAUCUUGGAGAAGAAAACCUCGUUCAAAUAAAAAUCCAAGACUGUUCUCACUCAAGAAUUCAAGAAUUAUUCAUACCGCACACUUACACGGCGAAUGUCUUGCCACAGGAACAACGGAAAACACAAACAAAAAUUUCAAGGGCUGGCGGAAAUGUGUACGAUGAAUGUAAAAAACAAAUUUCCAUUUAUUUGGAUCAAUAAAAAUAUCUUAUCUUAUCUUAUCUUAUAAGUUGGAGCUAAAAAUGACUGAAUAGUACUGCAAUCUACUUCCGUUGACUUUUUUUUUUUGGAAGGUUAUGUUAUAAACAAUGAUGGAGGUGAGUAGAUUAAAAAUUGUUGUCAAAAUUUGUAAAAGAAAGUUAGAACUUAAAUUUUAUUCAAGAUGAAAAUAAACCUCACUUAUUCCCAGUAAAUAUUUCCUCCAAAAAUUCAGCUUUAGAACAAGUAUUUAUGGGGGUUAUAUCAAUGAAACACUAGAUCAUUAACAAAUAUGAAUACCCCCAAGUACUAAUGGAAUCAAAUUUUACCUUUGACUAAUCUCAAUUUUUCAGAGCAAAGUCAGGUCUCAAGAUGCAGUGUUUGUUAUUGCUGGCACAACAGGAUCUGUGGUUGGCAGGGAACUAGCCUGGGAGUUUUUCAAAGCUCAGUUUAAAGUUUUAAAUGACCGUUAUGAAGGGGGAUUCCUCUUAUCAAGAUUGGUGCAGGUCAAGUUUGCAUGUUUCGUCAAAUCUGUUAUUUUUUAAUAACUUUCUGGUUGACUCAGUCAAAUGUAGCAUAACUAGUGAUUCUGUUAACGCUUUUUAACCGGGCCUUUAUAUUACACAUGGUCGUGUCAAUAGCUUUGUGCUCUCAAAUGGAUAAGUGCAAUUUAAGUGUUGCUCUGUCAAACUGUAGAGCAUAAAAGUAAUAAAGUCUUACUGAUCAUUUUAUAGUGAUGCCUGCUGGAAAAAUUUUAAUAUUCAAGAUUCAUUUUAUCGGGAUGAUUCUAUAACAAUCAUUUCUUUCUUCGUUACUCUUUACAGUCAGCCACCGAAUCAUUUGUAACUGAAGAGAAAGCCAAGGAAAUUGAGGUAAGCAUUUGUUUCCUUAUCAUCAUUAUCAUUGGCGCUACAGCCCAUGUAUCGGCUCCACCACAUCCUUCCAUUUAGAACGAUCCUUGGCUUUCUGCCUCCGUGCCCGAACCCCAAGCUGGUGUAAGUCCUUCUCUACAUCGUCGAUUCAUCUCACUUGGUCAACUGGUGUGCUGUCUGCCUGUAGAUCACUUUUGCUGUUCUACUGUCCGCAUCCUUUCAAUGUCUUGUCCAGCGCAGUCUGCCUCUUAGAUUGAACAAUGUAAAUUUAUUUAAGUUUAAGUAAGGAAGAGUAGAAUAUUCCACUUUCCUUUCUUUGUUGCCAUUUACAUCAGCUUGCAACGGGGCGGGGCCUAAGUUUGGUGGAGUCUGUGUUUAUUAUGUCCUUUUAAACAUUUACAUUUCUUUUCAAUUUUAUUAUUUAUUGGGUCUUAUGUUUUAUAAACUGCUUGAAAGUAAUAAGUGGGAAGAAAUUUAACAGAAAAUUUAAAACUCUUUAAUUGAGAGGUGGCCACAAAUCAGGUGGCAUACAAUCCACUGCGUUAAAUAUUGUGGCCUGCCGGCUGUGUAAUAAAUGAGCUUAUUUAUUCCUUCAUUUAGUGAUUCUUUUCAUCCUUGGAGAAAACACCCAUUUAAAAUAUAGAUUAAGCUCCUCCUUUGAAUGAUAUGCUCUAUUUUGAUCUACCAGCCCCGGUUUUGGACCGAUUAAAAAAAAGAUUCAAAUUAGCAAUCUCAUUUCUUAAAUAACUAUUUAAAAUAAUAUUACUAUUUAGUAACUACUCAAAUUAAAGAAUCUCAGGUUAAGGAAACCUAAAUUUCCAAUAGUAUUUCUACUGUUGUUGUCUGGAUUGAUGUCGAGUGUUGCAAACUAAAUUUAGGUAUAUGCAUCACUGCAUUUUGAAAUUUUUGAAAUCCAAUUCUUGGACUGGGGGCUCAGCCUCUUCCCCAUAUACCUCACCCAAUCGGCUUUCUAGAUUCUGGUGGUUUCCUCAAUUUUCGCUCCCCCAAAUCCCACCUUCAUUAAUCAAUUAAUGAACAAAAUGCACUGUAUAUUAUAUAUAUAUAUACAUGUAUUGGUAUAUUUAAAUCUGUAAAAUUAAUUUACGUGUCUGACCAUAGGAGUAGAUGAUUUAUAAAUAUAAAUGUAUAUUUCAAAAUCUUUUCACUCUGUAUUUUUUAUACUUUGAUCAGCGUCAUUGAAAGGAAAUUAUUUGUAAAAUAUUUAAAAAUUGUUUCAGACUUUCUUUAAAGAGAAUCCAGUACCAGCUGCCGAAAGAACUGUUCAGCAGAGCAUUGAGAACAUCAGACUGAAUGCCAAAUGGCUGGAUAGGGAGCUAACACCUGUCAGGGACUUCCUCAAAUCAGCCGUGUAAUGCUAAUGGUUAACUCCCAUGUUGACACGUAUUAAGCUAUGGUCCAUCAAUCAUAUUCCACUAAAUUCCAGCAGUAUUUUUUUUUAAAAAUGGCUUACUGGUAUUGAAAAAUGAAACAAUGUAUUUUUUUUUUAAAUUUCAUAACAAUUUUAUUAUGAUGUUGGUUUUUUUUUUUGCUUGAAUACAAUAUGUUAUAUGUGGAAUGUUUCUUAUUAAUUAAUUAAUUUCAUUGAAGUAAGCCACAAUUUAUGUUAGAUGAACAAUUACAUUUAGCUGACCUAUUUGAGAAAGUUAUUAGAAUAGGAGGUACAAAAAAAAACAGAAAGGCUGAGGGAUUAGGGAGUGACCUUUGGAGUAGUUGAUUAUGGAAUGGAAAUAUAGUCUAACAGAGGAAUCACAGCUCAAAUAAUCAUUUGUUGAACUGCAACAGUAUAUAUACAGUUUCAUUUUUCACCUGUUAAAUCCACGUCAUUUAGGUCAAUAUGUUUAAAUAUUUUUUGUGUGAUUUAUUCCAAAACUGUGUUUAAUCUUUGAAAUUUUCUUGAAAAUUGAUUCAAUAAAUAAAUAGUGUUUAAUUCCUAAUUCAUUUUCUUUUUUUUAGCCAAUUCAUUAUUUAUUUGUUAUAAUUUGAUCAGCUGUUUUGUAAACUCAAAUAAUUUACAAAUCCUAAAAGUGAAAGGCAAAGUAAGCACUUUAUUUUUCGUUUGGUUGGAUUCAUAAGUGCUAAAAUAAAUCUGUAUUUAAAAGUGUCAACUUUUACAUCCCGGUAUAGCUUUUACAAAAAAUAUGUGCUUUUCAAACUGUUUCUUAGAAAUUAAGGAACCAUCGGCACGAGCUAACAAUUUUGAGCACAUGGCACACUUUUAGCAUGUUUUGAGCUGCUGUGCGAUGCUCUUCAUCCACUGGAAAAAAAACUCUGCCUGAAUUAACUUUUUGAGAGCUCGGCGUCGGACUGCAAGUCUGCAGCAGUGUCGCCGCCCCCAAGCAUUGCUUAUAGAUUUGUCAAAGUAGAUGAAGUUGAAAAUAAUUGUUGGAUCACGUUUGAGUAUUUCAGCUGUGUUGUAUGUUCAGUUUUAUGCUUCGCUACCGAAAUACAAAACAAAUAAUUUCA